GAAUUAUUCAUGCAAAGCAAAGAUUGCAGUAAGAGAAGAUGGCAAUGAAGGUGUUUGCUGUGGCUCUGCUCUCUGUUUUCAUGGGGUUUAUGGUGUCCAUUUCUGAUGGAUUCCAACCAGUCGACUGUUCUGAACUUUAUAAAUCAGGAGAAACAGUUAGUGGGAUCUACUCCAUCUAUCCAGCAGGUGACGUUCCUGUCUGGGUUUACUGUGAGAUGAUCUCAGAUGGGAAAGAUGAAGACAACGGAGGAUGGACGGUGAUUCAGAGGAGAAUGGACGGCAGUGUGAACUUCUAUCGGGCAUGGAAUCUGUACAAGAGAGGAUUUGGGAAUGUGCAGGGAGAAUACUGGCUGGGGCUGGAGAACAUGUACCAGCUGACAAGCAACAGGAAGUACAUGCUGAGAGUGGAUCUGGAGGACUUUAAUGGAAGGAAAGGUUAUGCUGUGUACUCGUCCUUCUCUGUGGGUCCUGAAGCUGACGGGUAUAAACUACAAGUUUCAGGAUUCAAAGAUGGAGGAGCAGGUGAUUCUUUGUCCUACCAUAAUGGACAGAAGUUUUCCACCUUUGACAAAGACCAAGACAACGACAAGAGAAACUGUGCGAAACAGUUUCUCGGGGCAUUUUGGUACUAUAACUGUUACAAUGCAAACCCCAAUGGUGUGUAUUUGGGGGGUGAAUAUUCCACCGAUAUAGCCAUUGGAAAUGUUUGGUACACCUGGAAGAGCAAUUGGAAUAUCGGUAUGAAAUCCAUCACCAUGAAGAUCAAACCUGUGCCCUAAAAACACUGUUUUCAGGAGCAAACAUCUGAUGAUGUUUUCACUAUAUUACAAAUGUGAAGGUUCAAGCAAAUCAACAAUUGCUUUUCUCUUUUGAUUUAUUAUUGUAGAAAUUAAUGUCCAAUAA